GCAUGCGCCGGAGGGGACCGCGGGAGGGGGUACGAAUCCUUGUGAGUAGCCGGGUAAGAGUUGGUACAGCUGCUGAAGAGUGGCUCGGCCGGUGGGGUCUGAGCGGAGCACCUGGGACAGGAGACCCAGGAAGUGGGCAGCGGCGACUGGCAGCCCUCGCGGGCUUCAGCUUAACGAAAAGAAAUCACAUCUGAUUUAUAAACGUGGCCAUAAUCGAGUGUCAUUCUACUCCACACAUCAUGGCACUUCCCUUCCGAAAGGACUUGGAGAAGUACAAAGAUAUUGAUGAAGAUGAACUCCUUGGUAAACUUUCAGAGACUGAACUAAAACAGCUGGAAACUGUUCUUGAUGACCUUGACCCUGAGAAUGCACUUCUACCUGCAGGCUACCGGCAAAAGAAUCAGACUACAAAGAAUGCCACAGGACCUUUUGACAGAGAACAUCUGCUUACAUACUUGGAGAAGGAAGCAUUGGAACAUAAAGACAGGGAAGACUUUGUACCCUUCACUGGAGAGAAAAAAGGGAAAAUAUUUAUCCCUAAACAGAAGCCCAUACAAUCUUAUACAGAAGAAAAAAUAUCCCUUGAUCCAGAAUUAGAAGAGGCCUUGACCAGUGCUUCUGAUACAGAAUUGUGUGACCUUGCAGCUAUCCUUGGAAUGCAUAAUUUGAUAACCAACACCCAGCUCUGUGACAUAGUAGGAAAUAACAGUGGUGUGGGCAAAGAUGAUUUUUCAAAUGUGGUAAAGGGUGAAAAAAUCCUACCAGUGUUUGACGAGCCACCAAAUCCUACAAAUGUUGAGGAGAGCUUGCGAAGAAUUAAGAAAAAUGAUUCUCGUCUUAUUGAAGUAAAUUUGAAUAAUAUAAAGAAUAUUCCAAUUCCAACCCUCAAAGAAUUUGCAAAAGCUUUGGAAGACAACACCCAUGUGACAUGCUUCAGCCUUGCAGCCACCCGAAGCAAUGACCCUGUUGCUGUUGCAUUUGCAGACAUGCUGAAAGUGAAUAAAACAUUGAAGAGCUUAAAUUUGGAGUCCAAUUUUAUUACAGGAGCUGGUAUUCAAGCACUGAUUGAUGCCUUAAAAGAAAAUGAAACCCUGGCUGAAAUCAAGAUUGAUAACCAGAGGCAGCAGUUGGGGACAGCUGUUGAACUGGAAAUGGCCACGCUGCUUGAGGAAAACACAAAGAUUCUUAAAUUUGGAUAUCAGUUUACACAACAGGGGCCACGAACCAGGGCAGCCAAUGCUAUAACGAAAAAUAAUGACUUGGUUCGCAAGAGACGAGUUGAAGGAGACCACCAGUAAAUUCACCUUUGGAAGACUUCAAAAGAUCACCAAGGCCUUCGUGUUGAUUUCAGAUUUAAAAUUUGCCUAGGUAGAAGGGAAAAGACUGGAAACUUCAUUCCUUUUUUUUUUAUACUAUAUACGUAAUUUUUUUCUCCAGUGAGAUGUUAGCAGCAUCAAAUUCUGUAAAAUCAAUAGUAGAUAAUCUUUUUUAUAUUUUGGAAUGUUUUUCUGCUUUCUGCUCAAAUCAGUUUUAGUUUAAUUUAAAAAUGCUUGCUUGCUUGUAAGGAAUCAUUGAGUAAAGAGAAAUCCAGUUGAUUCCCUUUGAAACCCAAAGGAGAAAUUUGGGAAAGUCUUUAAAUGGAAAGAUUAAUUAUUUUUUAGAAUAAUUUUUUAUUGAAAAGGGACACUGCAGACAUUUGCAGUUAUUACAGUUGCCGUUACUUUUUUUAGACAUCUGGCACUUAAACUUUCAUAGGAUUAAUCUUAAAAUGUGUCCAUUUUUAGAAUGUGUGCCUACAAUAGACUGGUUCUCUCUUUCAAGAGAGAGAAUGCCAGAAUUUAGAAACACAUUACUUAAAAUAUAUCCUUUUAAGAGCAAAAUCUUCUAGAAAAAAAAAGUUUUUGAUACAUUCCAGAGUAUUAGUUCUCUGAUCUGAAAUGUCUGAAACAGUACACGUUCAAAUGUUUUUCAAACAAGGCUGUCAGGCUUUUCAUGUUAUGUAACUAUUCUAAAAUACAGACAAAUCCAAGUUAAUUGUGGUUUUUCUUCCAGAUAGACUGUGGUAGAUAUACUUUCUGUAAAGACACUUCUCUUAGUGAAUGAAUGCUAGGAACAUCUGCAUAGGAAAGCAUUUUAUAGGUUCCUCUGAAAACAUAUCCAACUUAUAAACUUAUUUUUGGCUAUUCAGGAUGACAGAGGAAUUCCUUAUUGUUGAGUACCUCCAAAUUACAGAUAAUAGGACUUAUUAAUGUUUCCAUGUAAUCUAAUGGCUAAAGGCUAGUAUAUUUGAAAGAGGUGUUUUUGCAAAUUAUUUUAGAUAGCAUACGGUGUGGUAGGAAAUGUCAGGCUAGCCAUGUGUAACUGUGCGAACAGUAUUUGCUCAACACUGUAACUUUGCCAGUCAGUAAGAAAAAUUACCGUUCUUUUUGGUAAUUGUCUAGUUUUUAUAUUUAUUUUUCUCUUCCUAUUUGUAUUCACAUUGUAAAAAUAACUCUGCAAAUGAAAAUAAGUUUUCCAAUUGCUCUAAAAGCACCCCAAGGAAAAGAGGAAGCCGCUUGCUUAGAUGAUCUGAUUGAGGGAAGCUCAAGAAUCAAGACCCACACAAGAUAGUUUGCUUUCGUUCACUCAUCUCUGAGGUGCCCUUGAAGCAAUGAAGUGACCAAAUACAUAGACAGUUGAAAGAAGUUUAGGAAGUAAGGAGUCUAGGUAAACCUCUACUUUAUAAUUGUGGGUUAUAGCCUUUUUAGGGGGGAGUUUCUAAAGGAGAAAAUUGAGUUUUUAGUAUUUUGUCUUUUAAACUUUGUUGUUGAAUUAUAUCAUCUGCUCCUUGUAUUUUCUCUAGACUAUCUAAUAAGCCAGGAAUAAUCCUUUUAACUUACGGACUGAGGCUUCUCCCAUCAUAAUUGUGAUGUUUACCUUUGUCCAGGGUUUUACAGAGUCUAGAAUGGUGGAUAACAGUCAGUUUGUCUAUUAGUUAUUUAUGACUAUAGGCCUUUUAAUUACUUUGUAGAUUAGUCAGGCUAUUCUCUGAGUCACUAGUCAAUUUUGGAAUUGCACUGUGUAUUUAAAAGACUGCACAACUCCAACAAGGUUGGAAGUCAGGCUAGGAGUAGAAGAGUACUGCACUGAAAGGUAUUGAUGGGCUAUACCUAAUGCCAUUUUAGCAAGCCUUCCUCACUUAUGUUCUCAUAUGUAUGUAGGUAUAUAUAUGUGGUCACUAAAGUUAUUUUUGAAUGUGUAGGUUCUCCCUCCAUACCCUCAUGUUCACUAAGGUUUAAAGAAUGUAUAGGUAGUAUACAUUGAUCCUACCUGGAUUUUUGUAUCAUAUUUACAGAAAUGUCAUUUUCACAUGUUCUGUUUACUUAGAGUAUUACUGUGUUGAGCAUUUUGUUAGUACCAUUCCGGUGCCAUACUGUAAUUCAAUAUUUAAUUUGGAAAAAAAAAAAACUGUUUCUCCUGAAUUCUCUUCAAAGAUAAAUGUGUAUCUGUUUGAAUGUAGACUAUCUUCCAUAAAAGAAUAAGUGGCCAUCUUAAUACAUUUCAGCAAUUCCCUCGUGCUCUAAAAUUUAUAUUGACUUAAUUGACUAGAUACUUCAUUGCCACACCAAAGAUUUUAUUUUCUAAGACUGUAAGUUUUAUAGUCCAACCAGAAAUUUCAGUGUGCUCAUCUUUUUUUGUCUUUGGGUUAAAGUUUUUUUAGAGCAUUUAUUAAAAGCUUUUUUUAAAAAAAUGAAGAUAACUUUUUUCAACUGAAGAUAACUUUUCCAAUAUGUUUGCAUGUGAUUAUAUGUAUUUUAAAACCCACCAAUAAUGGCUAGUAUGGUUUUAAAAUGGGUUUUGGUGCUAUAUAGAUGUGUCCAGUUUGACUUAGCUAUUGUAUAAAGUUAUCUAAGUAAAACUUCAUGUUAUUGAGUGAGUGUCAUUUAAAAGACCAAAUAGCAAGAAUUUUUGAGAAAAGUCAUCUUUCUAUUGUCAAAAGAUUUGCAAAUUCUUAUAAUUAAUUCAGACUGAAAGUAUACUUUGUAUGAUGUAAUAGGUGCAUUUCUGGAAAAGUUGCAUGUAAAUGUAUAUUUUUGUAAAUCAAAUUAUAUUUUCCCAUUGGCUUAAUACUUGAAUUUUGGUCAUGUGUUCCAACACAUUUGGGGUGGUGGGGAGAGAUAUGAGAAGGGGCGCUACACAUUAAAAAAAAAAGAUGUAAAAAGGAAAAGAUAUUUUCUGAUAAUAAUGCCAUAAUCUUAAAUAAAUUUUACUCAUGCUUGUUUUAUUGUAAAAACUUCGGAGUGAAACAACCCAAAACACUCCAGAAAACCUUUCAUUUUGGGCUUUGGCUAUUUUGAGGUCUACCUUACCUUUUAAGGUGAAAAUAGAUCACUUCAGAACAGCUGCAAGUGCCAUCUUUUCCUUUGGGGUUUAUAGCCACCUCCAUUCCUUGUAGAUUCAGUACCACCAGCCCUGAAACUUAGAAAGGUGUGUUUUCUGAUCCUUUCUAGUGCUCCUUUUUUGAGUACUCCAUCAGGGAACUCCUAACCCAGGACCAGGCACAAAUGGAGAGGACAGUGAAAUGGCAGAAGCAACUUUUGUUACUUCUGUGUUUAUUCUGAGUGCUAAAGUUCAAAAAUUCUCCCUAACUUUGUCUCAUCCAGCAGCUAUCAAACUGACUCAAUCACUGAUUUGCUCCUUCUGAUUUGUCAAUACAAUCAGAGCUCUGUCAUUAAGAGACUCCUAAUGAGAAAGUUAAAGGAACCUCAUAGGAAUUCUUUUACAUUUUUUUAAAAUACCUUCUUUGUACUGUGAAUAAUCACAUUGCGUUAGAUUUUGUAUGCUGGAGAUUCACAUUCGAAUCCAAAACUUUCCUAUGCUAGGAAUUAUCUUCUGCAUCUGUUAAGUUAAAUAAUAUAGAAACCAUUCUAAUUCUAUGAAAAUUAGAAAACUUGAGAAUUUAUAAUAAAAGUUUCUGUAAAAUCUCAUUCAUUCAGAUUUCACUCGAUGGGGAUUUGUGGUAAUUCAGGUAAUAUAGCUUAGUACUCAGUGAAGAAAACUUUUGAUAAACAGCUAAACAAUCUAAAGAAGAUGGAAAGAGGAGAUUUAACCUUAAAACACUAAUAAUAUUCAAGAAUAAUGACAGCUUACUUUUAACAUAUUCCCUAAUAUCACAAUCCUUCCAGCAUUAGAUCAUCCUAUAUUACACUAGUUACUGAAUAUUUGAAAAUGACCAAAAAAAACCUUCUCAUUUCUUUAAAAACUAUUCUGUAAUUCAGACUGACCUUCCUUAUAAAAUCAUAAAGUCCUAAAGUGAGGAGGAGGAGAUCCCAGUACACACCUUAGCAGAAACUCCUUUGCAAUACUCCUAACAAGUGGUAAUCUAGUUUCUGCUUGAAGACUUUCAGUAAUUGGAGAACUAUCUCCUGAGGCAACAUGCUGUACUUUUUGGAGAGCUCUAAUUGUUAUGACAUUUUACCUUAUGCCGAAUCUGCAUUUCUACCUCUUAUGCUCAUUAUGCCUAGUUCUGCCCUCUGGGACUUAUGAAAGGAAAUCUAAUCUCUUUUCUACCAUAACAGUUCUCAAGGGACAGCAAUCUUGUCUUCUCUGUGGUAUAGUAGAAAAAGCACUGAAUUUAGAGUCAGAGGACCUGGAUUUGGAUCAUGGCUCUGCUAUUACCCAUGUGAUCUUGGACAGGUCAUUUAGUAGCUUCCCUUGACCUCAGUUUCCUCAUCUGUAAAAUGAGAGAGUUGGACUAGAUCAUCUCCAGGUCCCUUUCCAGCCCUAAAUCUGAGCCUUCUUUUCUCCAGGCUAAGCAUACAUCACAUGGUUACUGGUCCCCUCAUCUUCCUGGUAACCUUGCUCUAUCUAGCUUGUCAGUAUCCUUGGUGUUCUGUAUGGGAUUUCACCACUGUAAUGUAAAAUACACCACUGCCCACCACCCCACUGCUUAACACUGUACUUUAGUUAAUACAUCUUAAAAUUGCAUUGGAUUUUUUGGCUGCUAUAGUCACAUGGUUGUCUUAUAUUAAGACCAUGGACCUCAAAGUCUUUUUUCAAAGGAAUUAUCAUCUGGUCAUAAUUCCUUCAUCUUACAUUUAAGCAGAAAAAUUUUUAAUGAGUCAUAACAUUUAUCUAUCAAUCUUAAUACAUCUCACCGAUUGUUCUAGCUUGUCAGGAUCUUUGUGAAUCUUUAUGCAUAUAUACUCCAUAGCUUUAACCAAGUCAUUGAUUAAAAUCUUAAAUUUUCUAUACCUCUCAAUCAGUCUGAUUAACUCAAGUCUUCCAUGUGAUGCUUCCUAGUUGGCCCUGAAUUUCUUUCUCUUGGAAAGCUAUCAGCCCCUAUUAGGACAUACCAACAGGACAGUGUAUGAAAAUUUACAUCAUAGCUUUUUUGUAGGUACUACCAGCAACUUUCAUGAGCUUUAUAAUCCACGUCAGCUUCUAAUAAGAAAAAUAAUUCUAAUUCAUUGACUUUGUUCUGAGAUUUAAGGCUCACAACUUGGGAUAUAAAGGACUACACUAGGACUUAUCACUGAUAAUACUUUGUAAAAAAAAAAAGUCUGUUCAUGCGUUUACAAUCUGCAAUAGACUUUAGGGAGGACAUAAUUAGGUCUGGAUUUUUUUUUUAACUAUUUUCUUAAACACUUGGGUCUGUGGCCCAUUGAAUGCAAAUGUCUACAAAACAAAGUCUCAAAUCCACAAUAAAAAUUAUUUUACUUCUGGAAAGAAGAGUGUGAAUGGGCUUCCCAACACUGAAACUUAAGUGUUAUAAAUCAUGAAUCUCAGAUCAUUUGAAUUUGAGGAAACACGGAAUAAGUACUGCAAGUAUUUGGAACAAUUGUAUUAUAUGUUUUUUAAAGUAAUUCAAUAAAGUUUAUAAAAUGUU